GGCUAUGUGACGUUAUCCAGACCUGAUAAGCCAUUAAUGUCCCAAACCCCUGUCCAGUCAACUGAGUCGAUAAAUUCUAGAAUAACCUCUGAGGUCUCUAGAGCAUAUAGCACCCUGAAAGCUGAUUAUGUUUCACCAAAUACUGCUGGUGCAACACCAGUGCCACUUCUUAAAUCGUAUCAGCCCCACUCUCAUGCACCCUCUCCAGGUGUUGCACAGGAGAGACUAGAAGUUCCUUCUAGAAUAUUUAACAGGCCAAUGCUUACAACCUUGAAGAGUGUCCCAAAACACUACUUCACCACAACCAUCAACAAUUUCAAGCCCAUCAUUUAAUCCUUCAAGGAAAUAUCCACCAGUGCCACCAAAGCCAAUUAAUGCAUUGACUUCAUCAAUAUUCAACAGACAGGUGCACCUUUCUAAAGGGGAUUCAUCUAGUGCUGAAGCGAGAUUCAGUCCAUCUCUAACAGUAUCCAACAAUUCAGAUAUCACUUCAACAAAAUGUCUAUCUGCUAAAAAAACAGAUAUGGCACUGAGGAAGGCAUUGGAUUCUUCAAUGGCAAGGCUAUCCAUUGCUCCACCAACGAUGCCAAAGACAUCUUUGUACACUACCACAGAAAUGACUUCUGUCACUCAACCCAAACCAGCCACAUCUGACCAUAUGGGAGCAUCUUCAAAUUUAAGUUCAUUUAAUGUUUUAGUUGAAGCUGACACGCCCUCCAGGAAAAUUCAAGCUAAUGUGAAACCAGUCAUAAAAACCAACACAACAGGUGGAGCCCAAUAUUCACAAACUCAUGAAGAUUUUGAUUUCUUUUGUCAACCACUAAAGGCAAACAACUCUACAGCUACAAAACCUCAGCCAGCCACCACUAUUCCUUCCGUAUCACCUGGGAAAUCAUCGCUGGAAAAAAAAACACCAGAAAUUUGUCUCACCAAUAUCUGGAAGCACUGCAGUCUGGAAAGUAAAUGCCCUAACAUGCACUACUACUUACCGUAUCGCUGGCAGGUGUUCAAUGGAAGGGAUUGGGAUGACCUCCCUAAUAUGGAGGAUAUCGAAAAGGCUUACAGCGAUCCAAAGAUUGACAGGUACCGAGUGCUGAUCAACUUUCAGACCAUGAUAUCUGGUACCCAGGCAGUCCGCAGGCUUACCACCCCGUCAUCUGUGACCCAGCCCCCUGAAUACGUACUGACCACUGAGUGGUGUUGGUACUGGAAGAAUGAGUCUAGUACCUGGACUGAAUAUGGGCAACCGAACACAGAGAACAUGAAUGCUACCAUUCAAUCAUCAGAUCUGGAGUCAAUCUACUUGGCCGACCCCACUGGAACGAUUCCUUUUACUGCUGGAGACCAGACCUACAUUAUUGACUGCCAAGACAUGAAGCAAAGAAACAUAUAUUUUACGACCGAGAAAGAAGUGCGUCGGAGACCCAAAUUCCUUGAUUUCCAGAAUGUGAAGAUGUUGAGAGGAAGGUAA